AUGUUCAUGUUCAUUCGAGAGUCGUCUGCUGGAGGAGGCGGUGCUGGAGCAGCGAGCUCGACUCCAGAGAGGAGUGCAAAAGAGGUGCAAGCUUCCAUCAAAAAGAAGGUGGAGAAGCAGAGAAAACGAAGCAUCUCACUGGGAGUUGGAGUUGCUCAAAGUGUGGUCCCUCAGUCUCAGAGCUGUCCGAAAUCCAAACAAUUACCCCAGGUGAUAACAGAGGGAGCUGAGGACAGUGAGAUGCAGAAGGAGAAUCUGGAGGAGAACCUGGAAGAGGAACUGGAGAAGAUGAUGGAAGGACCACAAAGGAGGGACCAUAGGGAGAAAGAGCCAGAAGCAGAUCCUGUGGACCUGCUGCCUAUAGUAGACUCUGUGUUUGGACAGGACAGAGAGCUGAGACCAGAGGAGAUGGAUGAACUUCGAGAGGCAUUUGUGGAGUUUGAUAAGAACAAAAAAGGCUACAUCAGUCAUAGAGACCUGGGGGAGUGUAUGAGGACCAUGGGAUACAUGCCUACUGAGAUGGAGCUCAUCGAACUGAGCCAGCAGAUCUGUGGAGGUAAAGUGGACUUUGAGGACUUUGUGAAGCUGAUGGGACCCAAGAUGCUGGCAGAGACUGCAGAUAUGAUCGGAGUCAAAGAACUACGUGAUGCAUUCAAAGAGUUUGACUCUGAUGGUGACGGUCAGAUCAGUCUGACAGAGCUGCGCGAGGCCAUGAAGAAGCUGAUGGGAGAACAAGUGACCAACAGAGAGAUCAACGACAUUCUCAGAGAUGUUGACCUCAACGGAGAUGGCCAAGUGGACUUUGAGGAGUUUGUGCGGAUGAUGUCUCGCUGAGCAUCUCUCAGAUGCCCAAUCAGACCUGAUGCCAGAAAAGGGACCACAAUGCAUUGCAGUGAAGUUUCUUUUUACUUAUGUUUUUUGUUUGUUUUUUUGUUUUGUUUUUUCCAAAAUUAUAUUUUUAUAUUAAAUAAUCAAAAGAGAAAUAGUCAAAUGAAGUAUUUAAAGUGUAUGAACCGCUGUUAAACAUAUCAGUAGAUUUAAUGA